GACAACUCGUUUGUUUGACUGACAUGACAGAUGGCUGACUGACGCUUGUAUAGUUGUAUCUUUAUCCAAUUUUUCUGUUUGUGUUGCCUAGGUGUUAAGUGCGGCUACGGACAUUAAUUUUAUUUAAAAUAGGUCCAUUUCAUUGUUAAUUGGGUUCUAUUCCAUUUAACAUAAUUGUGUUAUUUUGCCAUGGGAUCAUUAUGAGGUUUCAUUUUGAAAUAACAUCUGUGUGUGUACAGUUUUUUAUGACAAGUGAUUAUUAAAUUUAUUCUUUCGCUUUACGUUUGAGGGUGGGGAUAUUUUUUCAUUUUCAUUUAAAAUAGUAUAUGUUUACUAAGAAUGAUUUUUUAGUGUUAUUUUUGAUCAAUAAAUUUGUGCUCGAUGUUAAUCAAUAAUAUGAAUCCUGUUUCCCUGACACAAAGGAAUCCGCUCGUUUUCCUGGACAUUUCUAUUGAUGGCGAACAAGCCGGACGUAUUGUUAUAAAACUAAGAAAUGAUGUGGUACCAAAAACUGCGGAAAACUUUCGCGCUCUCUGUACAGGCGAGAAGGGAGUCGGAAGUAACGGCAAACCUCUUCAUUUCAAAGGCUCAAAGUUUCAUAAAGCUGUAACUCAGUUCAUGAUCCAAGGAGGUGAUAUAACUAAUGGAGAUGGUACUGGUGGUGAAAGUAUAUAUGGGCGUACAUUUGAAGAUGAAAAUUUUAAAUUAAAGCAUGAUGCGGGGGUACUUAGCAUGGCGAAUAGCGGCCGUCCCAACACCAACGGUUCUCAGUUCUGCAUCACAACGGUGCCAUGCGCACAUUUGGAUGGCACCAACGUAGUGUUUGGCGAAGUAAUGGCUGGCCUCGGCAUUGUAAGAGAGAUCCAACGGUACGGCGACGGAGACCUUUGCCGCCCCACGGUGGAUUGUGUGAUUGAAGAAUGUGGCGAGAUUAUAUCUAGUGAAUGGGAUGUUAGCUGUUGUGAUGGUACCGGGGACAAGCUACCCGAGUAUCCUGAAGAUUACAGGGAUGAAAAUGUUACGGUGGAACAAUUAAUGGUGUCUAUAAGGGAUGUAAAGAGUGCUGGUAAUAAUUACUUUGGCGAAGGACGUUAUAAGGCGGCUGUUAGGAAAUACCGAAAGUGCCUAAGGUAUUUGGAACACGUGUUUAAUAGGAUAGAUGAAGUGAAAGAUAUGGAUACAAAAGAACAAAUUCUAGAAAUACGAACAAUGUACGUGUCGCAAUGUUACCUCAAUAUGGCGGCUUGUUACAUGAAGUUAGAGGAUUAUAGGUCAACAGUUCAGUACAGUACUUCGGUACUUGAAAUAGACCCAAGAAAUGAAAAAGCGUUAUACCGACGCGGUCAAGCGAAUUACGCUCUUAAAAACUAUGACGACGCUCUCAUGGACCUCAGGCUAGCGGAUAAAGUGUCCCCGAAUAACAAGGCUGUGCAAAAACUAUUAGACGAAGUAAGAUUGACAAAUAAAAGUUAUAAUGAUGUACAGAAACAACGGCUUUCCAAAUUUUUUCGUGAGCAAAAAGAGGCGUUUAUCGAGAUCACAUGUGAGAUCGCCGAUCACUGAACUAAGACUGACGGUAGUUAUACGUAGGCUUAUGUAGACAAUACGCUUUUUGAGAUCGUUUUGUACGGUCACUGCCGGUGUUGUCAGAUGUACUGAUUGUAAAAUGAUUUUCGAUUAGAUUUUGUAUAUAAUGUUUCCUUAUUAUUAAUACUAGAUCACAGGAAAAUUAAGUCAAAAUUAUGAAUUGGUAGAAAUAUUAUUUUUAUUUGUGAUUUAUUGGUAGGUUUGUGCGUAAUUUUAUUUAAUAAUCGGGCAACAUCGUGUUUGUGGCCGAAUGGCUUAGGGGUUAGAAUGUUUCGAAAAGGUUCUAAACUAAAAGAUGGCACAAGGAGUUUUGUAGGAAAAAGGAAGAAUUGUAGGAUAACUUAAUACAUUAUUCCAUUCCGGACUCACUUAUCUUUUAACCAGUUUCAAGUUCGUGAGUGACCAUUAAAGAUGGAAGCCUAAUUUUAAAUCUUUUUUUUAAGUCUAAACGAAUAAAUUUGGGAAACCUCCGGUUGCUAAAUUUAACUUUCAUAUUUAAAUAUCACAAAGACAUAACAAUUAUUUGAGAAAUAAUUGGUAUGCUGAAUAAUAUACGUAAUUUAACCCUUGAAUUAAAAUAACACGAAAUUCAUAAGUAAACCUGCAUGUCACUUAAUUUCAAUAGUAGAUGUUAUGGGCAAGGAUAUAUUUUGUGAUGUAAAUGAUAUUUUACAAGU